UGCUUCUUCUACCUUGUAAACAGCCACUACUCCUAAAACCCUAAAAGCUCUGUUGUUCCUGAAUCAAAUCUAACAAUGGGUUCGAAGAACAAGAAACAAAGGAAAGGAGAGAGCAAUGAAGCUAAAGGAUCCGGUGGAGUCGCAGACGAAGCAAACGAAAUGAUUAAGGAUCCAAGGUUUUCGUCGGCGCACACUGACCCUAAAUUCCGUAGGAUUCGGAGGCGUGACUCCAAAGUCGCGAUUGACUCUCGGUUCCAGCUGAUGUUCAAUGAUAAGCGAUUUACUACUGAUUCUGCUCCUGUCGAUAAGCGUGGCAAGCGGAGAAGAGGAGGCAGUGGCAAGGAUUCACUUCGGGAGUUUUAUCAAAUUGAAGAUGAAGAUGAGAAGAAGAAGAAGAAGAAGAAAACUGAGGAGGAAUCUGGGGAUGAGAGCGAGAGUGAGAAAGAGAUGAUUGAUCUGAAAUCGGAAAAAUCUAGCGAUGUAGAAUCAGAGGACGAGAGUGAGAAAGAGCUAAAGGUUGCUUCUUUGGAUGAAGAAGACUCUGAUGAGAAAUCAGAGUCUGACGAGGAAGCAGACUCUGAAGAGGUAUCGCAGGAGGAGGAGGAUGAUACAGAUGAGGACGAUGAAGCUAUCUAUGAAGACGAGGGACCAGAAAUUCCGGAAGAGAACAUACCGUUUAUCCCAGAAGAAACUCACAGACUGGCUAUUGUUAACAUGGAUUGGAGACAUGUCUCUGCUAAAGACUUGUACGUAGUUUUGAAUUCGUUUCUGCCAAAAGAUGGGCGCAUUUUGUCAGUAGCAGUCUAUCCAUCUGAAUUUGGACUUGAGCGAAUGAAAGAGGAGGAAAUCCAUGGGCCUGUAAUUGAUGGCGACAAAAAGAAUGAAGGUAGUGAUGAUGAAGAUGAAGAAGAGGAGGAAGAUGAGGAUGUCAUCAACCAGAAGCUACGUGCCUAUGAAAUAAGUAGAUUAAAGUAUUAUUUUGCUGUUGCCGAAUGUGAUUCGAGUGCUACUGCAGAUUACUUGUACAAAUCAUGUGAUGGAAUUGAGUUUGAGAGAUCCUCUAACAAGCUCGACCUAAGAUUUAUUCCCGAUUCCAUGGAAUUCAAACAUCCACCUCGGGAUACUGCAUCUGAGGCACCUGCUGGUUAUGAAGGUUUAGAUUUUCAGAGUCGAGCACUGCAGUUGAGCAAAGUUAAUCUUUCUUGGGAUGAAGAUGAACCACACCGCAUUAAGACCUUAAAUCAGAAAUUCAACCCUGAACAGUUGGCAAAUCUUGAGAUGAAGGAGUUUUUAGCUUCUGAUGAGAGUGAUUCUGAUGACGAAGACGAGGACAUCGAUGAAGAUAUUAACCAGAGUAAAAGAAAGGAUAAGAGGAAAGAUAAGUACCGAGCUUUAAUUGAAUCCGAAGAUGUUGAUUCUGAUAAAGACGUGGAGGAGGAGGAUGGCCAGGAUAUGGAGGUAACAUUCAAUACCGGGUUAGAAGAUCUUAGUAAAGAGAUUCUUAAAAAGAAAGACAGCAAGUCAGAAUCGGUGUGGGAAACAUAUCUAAGGCAGAGACGUGAGAAGAAGAGAGCUAGGAAGAAUAAACAGAACGAUGAUUCUUCUUCUCCGGAUGAUGAUGAUGAUUAUAAUAUUGAUCGAAAGGCAGUGAAAGAUGAUGGUGAUGACGAUUUCUUUAUGGAAGAACCUCCUCUCAAGAAGAAGAAGAAAGAAGGAAAGACGAAGAAGAAGGGUUUAGAGGAGGAAGUAGCAGCGGAAGAAAAGAGCAGAGCGGAGCUUGAGUUGUUACUAGCUGAUGAGAAUGCAGGAGAUGGUAAUGGUCUGAAAGGGUAUAAUAUUAAACGGAAAGGUAAGAAAGGAAAAACUGAUAUUUCGGAAGAGAAGAUACCUGCGGCUGAUCUUGAUGAUCCGAGAUUCUCAGCUCUAUUCUCGUCUCCUUUCUAUGCUCUAGACCCUACGGACCCACAGUUUAAAAGGAGUGCGACUUAUGCAAGGCAAUUAGCUGCAAAGCAAAAGGAAGAUCCAAAAAGCCAGGAGGAUGUGAAAGCGCCAAAGGAGAAACAUGAGUUGAAUUCAGAUGGUAACUUUGGGUCGAAGAAGGAGAGACAUGAACUGACUUCUACUGUCAAAUCUUUGAAGAUGAAGAUGAUGAACAAGGAUUCUGAGAAGAAAAAAGCGGGAAAUGCAGUGUCUUCGUCCACUUUGGCUCAGCGAAUUAAGAAGAAAGCCAAGGAUUUAUCAAACAAAUAAUGUGUUUGUUUCCUUCUUCAAAUCAAUUUUGUCUUUUUUU